GGUAAUGGUCCUGCAGUGACAAACUGCAUGUGGAAAACAGAAAACGAAAAAUUAUGUCAACACAUCAACCACUACAUUCCUCACCAUUUACUCAGUUCGACAUCUCGACCCGAGCCUCUCUGAACGCUCGCCAUGCGACAUGGAGGCUCCCGUCAACUCCGAUUCGACCGAUUGAGCUCUCAAUCAUCUCUGGGUCUCCUCCGCCAAUACUCUUCUAGCCUGCGGCCAAAAUGCGCAUGUCUCGGUAACACCUACUACAAAGCUGCUUCGACCGCUCGGUUCUUUAGCCAUGCUUCGACAGAGGCUGACCAGAGCCCUCCCUCGGGACCUGUACGGAAGUGGUCAACUCCCCUCGCGAAGACCAUCGCGCAGGCGAUCGAGGUGACAGGACCCAUCUCGAUCGCCUCUUAUAUGCGGCAAUGCUUGACAAAUCCUGACGGAGGGUACUACACUACUAGUCGCCCAUCAGCGGAAGAUGCGGACCCGUUCGGCGCAGCGGGCGACUUCAUCACCUCUCCCGAGAUAUCUCAAGUCUUUGGUGAACUUGUCGGAAUAUGGUUCAUGACCGAAUGGAUGGCUCAAGGGCGCCCGUCCCAAGGUGUUCAGUUCAUUGAGAUGGGGCCUGGCCGAGGGACACUUAUGAGCGACAUCCUCCGAACUAUCGGACAGUUCAAGACAUUCGCGAGGGCUAUAUCGGCAGUAUGGCUAGUCGAAGCAGGAGAGGGCUUGCGGAGAAAACAAAAAGACCUGCUCUGCGGGAGAGAUGCUGACAUGAAGGAGGUUGCCGAUGAGACUGGGAAGAAUGUCUGGUGGGAAGCCACAAGCGCUCAGGGAAUACCCAUCAGAUGGGUCGAGGACAUCGUACUGCUGCCGGCUCGAAACUAUGGUGGAGGUGCUGAGAUGCCCUUCAUCAUCGCGCACGAGUUCUUCGAUGCUCUCCCUAUCCAUGCCUUUGAGUCUGUUGCUCCCAAGCCCGAAGAGGCACGGCAGGAAGAUGCUAGGCCCCAGCUUCUGACCGAAAGUGGUCAGCCGGUCACGAAAUCAAUCGCGACCAGCAGACUCCCUCAAUGGCGAGAACUACUCGUAGCGCCUACGACGCCGAAACUGACCGCCCUUCUCGCCCCCGAAACCGAUAAAUCAUUGAGUCGUAAAGAGCCUGAGCCGGACUUCCAACUCACCCUAGCCAAGGCGAGCACUCCUUCUUCCCUUGUCAUCCCCGAACGACCUCGCUAUCGAUCCCUCAAGGCUCAAGUGUCCUCGCGCGUCGAGGUGUCUCCGGAGAGUGCUCGAUAUAUCCAAGACUUUGCCCGCCGAAUUGGCGGAAGCGCGGUUCCUUCUGCCAUCUCCAAGGGCACGCACAAGCAGACCCAGGCAGAAGCACCUCCUCGAACACCCGCGGGAGCAGCACUAGUAAUCGAUUAUGGGCCUCUGGACACGGUCCCAGUCAACUCUCUGCGAGGGAUCCGCAAACACAAGAUCAUUUCCCCUUUCGUGUAUGCCGGCGACGCGGAUAUCAGUGCGGACGUGGACUUUGGAGCUCUUGCAGACGCGGCUCUGGAAGCUAGUCCGGGCGUGGAGGUCCAUGGGCCGGUCGAGCAGGGGGCGUGGUUGAUGCAGUUAGGGAUCAAGGAGAGGGCAGAGAGGCUUUUGAGGGAGCUGGACAAGAACGCUGGUACAGACGAGGAAGCGGAGAAGAGGAGGCGAGAAACUGAGAUGGGGUGGAGGAGGCUGGUCGAAGGCGGACCCAAGGGCAUGGGCAAGGCGUACAAAGUCAUGACGAUCCUGCCGGAGAAUGGCGGGAGAAGAAGACCCGUCGGCUUUGGAGGCGUGGUAGCUGGGUGAAUAGGGAUAUAGCCCUCUUUGCAACACAUCUCUCUCCUCUUAUACGAGCAGGGGGAAAAGGUUGUAUUCUAUAUAAUCUGUACCAUCACAUUGUGCCACCACCACCAGAAGGCAGAACCGGGUCUUGCGACCACUCCCUCACUCAGCGGCCGUCUGUGAUUGUUCCUGAUCAGGGUGUGCAUCAAAGUCCCAAAAGCGGACUUCCAUCUCGGUGGACCGGACGAAG